AUGGCAUGCCAAGUUCAUCAAGUUUUCUAUGUGAAGGAUCAUGUUGAAGAGGCAAACAAGAUUUGGCAUUAUGUUUUAAAGAAGCUUUCUGGUCACAUUUAUGAUAUCAACAGUGAUAUUGGUGCUAUACAUGGAGAUGACUAUUGGGUUAAAAGUAGUGAUAUUUUCAGUGAUUUAAUCCCAACCACUGAUGAUGACAUAUAUGAUGUGGGUUGGUGUAGAGAUGAUGUGCCGAUCGCUGAAAUCGGCUUUGAUCUGAAGAACUUGGGUUUUGUCUUAUUCGCCAGCCAAGCAACCCAUCAUGAAGUAGCGGUAGUUAAAUCAGUGAGCUGGGGAGUUUUAUGCAGGGAAGAGGUAGAAUUGGAGGGAAAAAUUAAUGCAACCCUUAUUAAAGUCAAUUCAGUAACAAGUUUAGCUGAAUUGAAGAUGAAAGCCGCAGAGAAUUUUAGAGUACGGUUUGAAAGUUUGUUGAUAAGUUACUCUAUGGAGAAGUUUCCCAAUAUCUCGUUUGAGCUUUCAAAAGAUGAAGAUAUUCUCAACAUGAUAGGUUAUCAUCGUUCAAUGGGGUUAAAUACAUUGACCAUGACUGUUACUGAAAGAGAUGAAGGACCCACCCAUGCCAUAGGGACAAAAACAGAGCUUAAGUACAAGAUGAAGGUGACGGAAACAAAUCCAGGCAGUGUCUUCAGCAUUGAACAAGAAGAAAGGAGAUUCAAACGUUUAUUUGUGUCGUAUGGUGCAUGCAUACAGGGGUUUCUCAAGGGAUGUAGGCCGUUGCUCUUUCUUGAUGGGACUUUUUUGAAGGAUCGCUACAAAGGGAUCUUAUUAGGUGCGACCGCUUAUGAUGAACCAUACAAUCCACCCCAUCCUCUUGUAAUUUUGUCAGACGCCGACAAAGGAAUAAAGCAAUCUUUGAAAGAUAUAUUUCUAGAUGCGUACCACUCUAGGUGUGUACUUCAUCUUGUUGAGAACUAUAAAUUGAAGCUUAGAGAGAUGGGUUUUGCCUCAAGUGCUGCUCAACGUAUUUCAAAAUUAUUGGAGUUUGCUGCAUACAAGUACACAGAAGGAGAAUUUAAUGCUGUUUUGCAUCAAAUUCGAAUGACAGAUCAAAGAGCUUAUCAAGUAGCUCUAAGUUAUGGUCCUAGUAAUUGGGCCAAUUCUGUAUUUCCUGGUAUAAGAUAUGGGCAUAUCACUUCCAAUGUCGCUGAAUCUUUCAACAGUUGGAUUCGUGUGGCGCGAACACUUCCCAUUUGCGAUAUGAUGGAUCACAUUCGUGUGAAAAUUAUAGAAAGGAUGAAUACUUGUCGCGAGAUGGCAACAAAAUGGAAUAGCUAUCUUUGUCCUGAAGCGGAAAAAAUCCUCCAAGAAAAUGUCACCAAGGGAAGCACUCUUGAAGUAUCGCAUUCUACAGCUGAAAUCUUCGAGGUGUCAUCAACAAAAUCAGUACAAGUUGAUUUGGAACACAAAUCAUGCACGUGUCGUGCAUGGGAUAUAUUGCGAAUACCAUGUAAACAUGCGUGUGCUGCUAUUAACUUCAUGCAUAGAGAUGUGUACCAGUUCUGCGAUUGGUUCAUGACGACUGAAGCUUUCAGGAGAAGUUACGAACCAAUCCUCUUUCCUGUUCCAAAUUACGAUAAGCCAGAUGUCACAGAUGAAACAAUCAGCAUUCUUCCCCCAAAGACGACAAAGAGACAUGGAAGGAACAAGAAUAGGCGUAUCAACAAUAGAUCUGAGAGUAGACGUGUAAUUAGAUGCUCAAGAUGUCAUGCUGAAGGACAUAACCGAGCAACGUGCACUGAACCUAUCGAAGAUUAA